AUGUCUCUUGAGCUCCUCCAACUUCCUCAGAAUUACAUCGUCAUUAACCAUGCCGCACAAGUAACUGCUCUCUCGUUCAGCCUAGAGGCUCGGAAUAUUCCAAUGUCAGCUGUCCCGCCGUCGACUCCCCGACGCGGGACUCAGACUCAGCGAGCGUCCCAUCUUCGGCACGUCAGUAAUGGCAGUUCAAAUACCAAUUCCGUCGACAGUCGACCGGUGACUGCAGCCUCGGAUACUGGAACGGUCCAGCAUAACCCGAUUCCUCUGAAGUCCCGUGCUGAGAGAAAAUGUACUCUUUGGAUCCAUGAGGAAACCAUUUCCAGGGAUGAAGUUGUCAUCAAUCUCGGGCUAUUCCCGGGUGUCCAGGAAGGCGAUCUUAUGGCAAUUGUGCCACUGAAGACUGAUUCCGGGGUCCGUGACUUCCUCGACACUGCACAGGCGGCGAAGCUGGAUGGAGACGCACUUUCUACUGUUAUGCAACGUGAGAGGAGUAGCUCAAAUCCAAAUAGUCCUGGCGCGGCCAGCGGCACCCAAUAUGACAUCGACUUACAGGAGCGAUGUUUGUUCAUUGCUAAGGACAUCUCCAAGGAGAUGGAGGCCAAGCAGCCAAAGCUGGAAAUUUCGGUGGCAAAGCAAAUUGCAGAUAUAUUUUCUCUCAAGGCUCGGUCACAGGUCCUUGUUAUCACAGCCGACCCCGCUACCAGCUCUGCAUCUCAUGUGGAGCUAUCAUUCAAGGAUGAGUAUCUCUCUCGGUCUGACAUGUGGAGGCUGGCUGUUGCUCAGCUGGCCAAUAAGACAGUAUUCAAGGGCCAGAAGAUCCUUUUCAUUGGAAGUAUUAAAGCCCAGGUAUCUUCUAUAUAUGUCUCUGGCCGCAAGGUGCGGUCUGCAUUCUGUACGACAGAUACAAAGCCCGUUUUUCGGAGUGAGUCUGCCCGAUACGUCCUCUUCAUUCAGAUGUCGAGAGAAAUGUGGGAUUUUGAUUCGGAAGGCUCCGGCGAGAUCAUGUUUAACAAAGUCGUUAAUGGUUUCCUCCCGGCACUUUUUAAAAAGUGGGUGUCCAUUAGGGCCAAGCACCUCGUGAGUAUUGUUCUUUUCUCCAGAGUGGAGUACGAUACUGGAAUCACGUCUGAGCUGGCGACAACUACACAUGAUAGCGCCUACCAUACAGGCAUACAAGCAGAGGGCCACAAAAAGCCCUAUAAGGACUUUUAUCGGGUGGUAGUCAGUGAGAUGGCUAGUGGAUCAUGGACAACCAUUUUAUAUGAGUUGAAGCGCGAAUUCAAAUUCUUCCGCCGGGACAUAUCUACCUACCGUAUCAAUCUGGCAAAGGCGGCGGCGUCAACGCCCGAGAGCAAUGCCAAAUGGGUGUCGGACACGCGCAUAGAAGCCGAGCCGUCUUUAGCCAUGCAUGGCAACGUUCUCGAGGCGAUCAAUUUGGCUUGCUCGCAAUUCGCGCAUGAUUACAUUGACCGAGAUCUCAUGCGUACUGGGAUCUCGGUCGUGGUAAUUACUCCUUCGCCUGGGCUCUUUGAGGUGGAUUAUGAGACGUUGAGGAUGACUACGGAAACGCUAAUUGGGACUGGUAUUGGCAUCGAUCUUGUUUGCCUUCCAAAGAUGCCGCUCCACUCAGUUCCACUAUUUCGCUAUCGAAACCCAGAUUAUAGUGCUUUCCAGGAGGCGCUACAUAUGAAAUCCAUGCAUAGCGAAGAUAGCACCCCCCGUCAAAAUGCGGCCAUCUUUGGGAGCAGUUACUCCUCGUUAAAUGAGUCAUUAUCGCCUCUGAAGGCCUCAUUACAGGAUCGGAGUAUUCGUGCAGGGUCAUUUUCCGCGCCCAGUCCCCCGAGCGAGUGGUCCUAUGCCAUACCUCACUGGCUCGAUGUCUCUUUCUGGACUGGAACCACUCAAGACAUCCAUCUCGGAGGCCCUUUAGCAAAGCCUGUCAACCAACACCUCAAGAAUGGGCACACUCAACGGUCAAGGGGCUUUGAGGUUCGAUGCAAGAUGUAUGAGAUGGAAAUGGCUAGUGUGAUGGAAAAUGUCUUAACUGAGAUUGCCGUAACUCCUUUGCAGCAGCACCCACUUUUUCCUAAAAUGGCUUUUCGGCCUCGGGAUAUACCCGGUAGCAAGUUAGAUAUCCGGGGGGACUCUAAUUCACUUGUACGGGAGAAGAUCUAUGCAAGUCUUUUAGAAUUCGUGAGCGGCCCUUCAAAGCUGCUAUUUGACCGAAAUUCUACGGAAGAGGAAAAAAGGCUUUACAAAGCUAUAGAUAGUUUCGAUAUGGCUGUAUCGGAGCUUUUAGAAGAUCGGCCCGACACUCGACAAAUAAUUGAAGGCAGAAAGUACUCUCGCCCGGGCAGUGAGGAAAUACCGAGAAGAAUAUUCGCCGAUGAUUCAAAGUUGCUCGGGACACCAUCUAGUCAAGAUCACGCAAUAUAUAGAGAUGUGGCCUUUAUGGCGCCAUCCAGCUCCGGGAAGAGCAAGCAAACCAGUCGCAACGGUGAUGAUGCUAAGAAGCUGCGAAAAAACAGUCUGGGCAGCAUCAGUACUGUAAAUUUAAGAUCACCUCCCGCCAGACAACCUAAGACCGGACGACAGAUUAGUCUUGGAAAGUUCGGCUUUGGUAUUGCGGCACCGAAGGCAGCAACCGCACAGAUACAGGCAGAACAUGCCAAUGCGACUAGACCGACUACUGUUACGAUGAAGCCGCCGCAAGUGAAGACGUCCAACGGUGCAAUGACAACUCAUUUGCUUAACACUGCGGUUGGACAUUCCCAGGACCGGCCACCAUCUGCUCAUAGUGACAAAUCUAGAAAGAAGCCAGGGACCCCUCCACCACCAGAGCAGGCCGAAGAUGGAGAAGGAGAAAACCUAAGUAGCCGCCCCAUGACCAUUAAGAGCGCUCUACAAUCUCUAGAUUCCACAAAUCAAUUCAAGUCCCGAUCAAUGCUAGGCUCACUUCAAGAAGCCAGCGAUGGAUUCGAUGACAAAGAUAAUUCACAUACUUUACAAUCCACCAGACCCCACGACGCUCAGAAGCUAUACACCUCGAAACUUCUUGCAGGAUCGGUUCCUGAAUUGCCAGCGACAUUGUCACCCACGACAGCCCUGUCGCCAUGGCUCAGCGUAUUGAACCCGUCAAAUCCUUCUGAGAACGAUGUAAUUGGACCAAGCCAGUAUAGGCGGUGGCAACAUGUUUUCCCUCGAACUGUACGUACAAGGACAAUGAAGUGGAAGUCGCUUUGCGCCCCAGCAUCGGUGCCUUUAACCACAGAAUACUUCCCGACCAAGCAUCAGCUCGAUACAGAAUAUCAACAAAAGCCAUAUAGCAUAUCCCAGAAUGCAGAAGAUGAAUUGAACGUGCCAAACUCUAGAGACCGACUUCUUCGGGAACUUGUUGGCAUGCGAUUAUCCCAGGGAUUCCAGAUUGUGGUUGGAUCGGCGGUCGCGGGGGCGUUCGGCCAGAAGUCUCUCAAGAUUGCAAACGUGUUCGAUCGCGACCAUAUUGCAGAAGAUGGGGCAAGUGUUUUUAUGUCAAUGGGAAACAUCAUACACCAGUUAUCGUGUGUCAAUGAAACGGAGGUUGGGGUGGACAUGUUUGUGCGGAAACCUACUGCGUCUUCAACUGGCACUGGUCCAGUUCUUCCAACAGUCUAUAACCCUGCAAUUCGAACAAAACUGUCCGAUCGCUAUGAAUCUUGCCAGGUGGUGCUUGGGAAGCCAACGGAUGAAUACAAUUGGAACUAUGUCGAUUCAUUCGUUGCAGGAUUCGAUGACGAAAUGUCAGAGAGCUUACGGUUCUGGCGCGCCCGUUUUGUUUUAAUACCUGUUGCAAGGCCAAUGCAAUCUCAGCUGCGCCAAGGAGAGGAUAACGAGGAAGAAGUUCGUCUGGAGGGCAUCAAAAAGCUCACCCAGGCCUGGCAGCGACAUAGAGUCCUUACUCCAUCGGAGCACCGAUUUCAGAGUCUUGCAGCACGCAAGACUAAAGAUCAAAACCCCCUUGAUAUCGUCUACAAAACUGAGGACCCUUCUAUCGUUGUUACAGCGGAACUAGAAACACUACCUAUUGUUGAGAUUGGUGAAGGAGGCUCCCGACGAGGGCAAUUAUUUGAAAGUGAACGCUUCCGUAAAACGAAGUUUGACAUUGUAGCACUGGCCGAAGCCAUGCAAGCUCCGGUUGAACGAGGAGGAGUGCGAAUGCAAAAUAGAAGGUGGCACUUCCGGCUUCAUUACAGCUGUUUUAUUGGAUCUGACAUGACAACAUGGUUGAUCGAAAAUUUUGAAGAUAUCGACACAAGAGAAGAGGCCGUUGAGCUUGGUAAUAAGCUAAUGGUGAAAGACGAAUUGCAGCGGCUCAAAGAGAAGGAAAAUGGAAAGGAGAAAGACAAAGAUAUGGGAAUUUUUGUUCAUGUUGAGAAGCGCCACCCCUUUAGAGAUGGGCAAUAUUUCUAUCAAAUUGCAGGAGAACUGGCAAAGCAACGACCGGAGAGUCGAAGCGGCUGGUUUGGCUCGAGGCGCCGUGAGACCUCAGUCCCUGCUACACCAAUGUCAGAGAGCAUGCCAAGAGAAUCGCCGAGGCCAGAGCAAUCAAGAUCCAGCUCCAUCCAAGAUGGGAAGUCGUCUGAUUCGGGGACAACUACGCCGACAACAACCACUGGCGGAAAGAAACCGAAGGUUGCUCUUAGCAAAGUCAUGAAAUAUGAUGUCGACCAUCGAAAGCGGUCAUAUCGUCCCGAACGGAUCAAUCUGCACUAUGAUCGACUGCAUAACCCCGAUAGUUGCUAUCACAUUCGGAUUGACUGGAUAAGUGUCACUGCUAAGUUAAUUGAGGAUGCGAUAGAAUCCUGGGCCCGAACUGCGGAAAGCUAUGGGCUAAGGCUUGUUGAGGCACCUAUUGGUGAAGCCUGUGCCAUAUCAACUGACAACCCUUUCCGAAGCCCAUAUACCAUCAAACUUGCUGUACAACCCCCAGAGCGGGAGCCUACAACCUAUUUUGAUGUUAAUUCCUUCACCCCACAGUCCAAUUCUGCAUCUGUAAGCCGUCACUAUUACCAGAAAGCCAUCAUGAGGAAGUUCAAUUUUGUCAUGGAUACCGAAGCCGCACGGAAUUUUCCGAGCAACGUUGAUACUGUGUACUCUUGGGGCAAGCCUCAUUUCAAAUACACACAGUACAUCCAUCGAUCUGGGAUCCUGUUGGCACAAAUUCUAGACGACGGCAAUUUCCUGCUCGCAGCAAACCGACUGUAUAACAAUCGGACCGCCGCAACAAAAGAUUUAGACAGAUAUGUCAAAACGGACCAUGAACGCACCAACCGUAUCCCAUCACUGAUCUACGGUUUCGGGGGCAGUAUGGAAAGGUCAACUCCCCCAAGUUCACCUAUGGUUCAUCCGUAUACCUGUUAUGGCUCUCCUAUUUUGCGCCCUGCUGCCGACAACCUCGGGCCCACCCUUAUCAGCCCUAAAAACGUAAAUACCAUCACACCCGAGACCCUCAAAACCGAGCUCGAAGCCUUCUGUCACAACGUCCCCCUCCUCGAGUCCUUCUACAAAGAAGUCUACGAUAAAGCAACCCCGCCCAGCGCCACCCCACCAAGUUUCCGGAGCCCAUUCGUGGGUAGCCUGCUUGAUUCCAAUAUCCCAACUUUAGGCCUCCCGCCAGGGCUUCUAGCUAGAGAUACAAGUCCUAGCCCAAUGCGCCUCUCCAAUAUGCCAGGCGUUGGCAGCCCCAUGCCACAGCUGGGGAGGAGACCGAGCGUGCAAACAGGUUAUAGUGGGGAUAAUGCCAAGCAAGGACAGAAUAGUCCUCGGGGUAGUAUUGCGGAGGGUGAGAAGGAGCCGUGA